CUUGUCUCUAGCUCUCAGGGCGCUGGCUCACUUCUCUUCCUGUAAGUGAGCGGUCCUUUCCUUCUGGUAGCCGGAGGUGCUAGUCCAAAGGGAUCCGGACCAAGCCAGCCCGGGUAAGCUGCCUAGGGAUUAACCAGGAGGAAGCGGCGGGCACGGCCUCCGGGUGAAGGGUGGUUGGUGAGCCCAGGUAUCAUGACAACCCUGGAUGACAAGUUGCUGGGGGAGAAACUGCAGUACUACUACAGUAGCAGUGAGGAUGAGGACAGUGACCACGAAGACAAGGACAGAGGCAGGGGUGCCCCAGCCAGCAGUUCCAUGCCUGCAGAGGCUGAGCUGGCAGGCGAAGGCAUCUCAGUUAAUACAGGUCCAAAAGGUGUGAUUAAUGACUGGCGCCGCUUCAAGCAGCUGGAGACAGAACAGAGGGAGGAGCAGUGCCGGGAGAUGGAAAGGCUGAUCAAGAAGCUGUCUAUGACCUGCAGGUCCCAUUUGGAUGAAGAGGAGGAGCAACAGAAACAGAAGGACCUCCAGGAGAAGAUUAGUGAGAAGAUGACUCUGAAGGAGUUUGCCAUGAUGAACGAGGACCGAGAUGAUGAGGAGUUUCUGCAGCAGUACCGGAAGCAGAGGAUGGAAGAGAUGCGGCAGCAGUUACACAAGGGACCCCAGUUCAAGCAGGUUUUUGAAAUCCCUAGUGGAGAAGGGUUUUUAGACAUGAUUGAUAAAGAACAGAAGAGCACCCUCAUCAUGGUCCAUAUUUAUGAGGAUGGCAUUCCAGGAACUGAAGCCAUGCACGGCUGUAUGAUCUGCCUUGCUGCAGAGUACCCGGCUGUCAAAUUCUGCAGGGUGAAGAGCUCAGUUAUUGGGGCCAGCAGUCGGUUUACCCGGAAUGCCCUCCCUGCCCUGCUGAUCUACAAAGGAGGUGAAUUGGUCGGCAAUUUUGUUCGUGUCACUGACCAACUGGGGGAAGAUUUCUUUGCUGUGGACCUUGAAGCUUUUCUACAGGAAUUUGGAUUACUGCCAGAAAAGGAAGUCUUGGUGCUAACGUCUGUGCGUAACUCUGCCACCUGUCACAGUGAGGACAGCGAUCUGGAAAUAGAUUGAACCGAUGGUCUUGUCGCACAGAUUUCUCACCGUUUGGUCUAGAAGACAUGUCUGUUUAUUUUUGUUCCUUCUUAUGCCUCUGGCUUUUCAGCUGUUCUUUGUAGUCUCCUUUAUUAUGUGAAUAGUAAAGACAUUCUUAGAGUAAAUCAGAGUGCUAAAUCACCUUUUGGCUAGCAAUAAAAUGACUUAAAAUUAUAUAAACAGGAAGCCAGGCUUUUGAGCUGUUUACUUAAGAUUCUCCAGCAUGACAUCUCUGUUAUUGUUUCCAGUCAGUAUUUACGUGGCAUCCUAAAAACAGUGUCCUGGAAAUUGUCUUAUGAUGAACUCAGAGGUCUCUGCCAGGUCUAAGAAUAGAAUUUUCUGUUCAGUGUGUUAUUUGCAAUGCAAAUCAUGCAUUUCCCUAAUCAAAUGAUUAUAAUUUAUAUUUACUUGUAAUCAGAUCCAUAGCCCUAUAAAGCAGUUGAAUGUUUUCCUUAGACCCUCUUCUUCCCCAGGAUCUUGUUUGAAGGUUCCAUGUAAAGCCAGGAAUGUAGCUCAGCAGUAGAGUGCUGGCCUAGCAUGUGUGACACUGUGAUUUGGUCCCCAGUACUGCAAAAAAAAAAAAAAAAAAAAAAAAAGUUCCCGAGAUGUAUGGUUGCCUUGUCAGGAAGGGUGACCUCUGCUGCUGGAGUGGAUGGCUUGCCCCAGCACUGCUAAGCCCAGAUGGAGAGGAAGGAUUUAUGCUGACUGCUGUUGUGAUACUCUGUGUGGCCAGUAUUUUAUUGACCCAAACAUUGUAUCUGGGCUGGAGCUGGAAAGCUUGUUGAAGGAGGAUGUUUUAGAAAGGAGCUGUUGCCAGUUUCUGUCUCUCUGUUAUUUAACAAGGUAACUUAGUGUCUAAUCUAGAUUUUUUUAAAAAGAAUUUUUUUUUGCAUGCUGGAAAAAUAAGUCAUACUGUAUAGAAGAAAAUUGACCAAAAUGCAGAGGCCAAAAUAAAAAAUGAGAAUAAUUUGUAAUCCUAUCACUUAGAGUAAAACACUAAUGUUUUAGUAUAUUUCCUACCGAGAUGUUUUCUGUGUACACAUAGACAUUUUGCUUGUUUUUAAACAAAGCAGAGGGAUCAUUCUGAACAUACUGUUUUAUAGUAUGGUCAGCUAACAUAUUUUUUAAUAUUAAAUAUUUUGUAACUUUUUAAACAGCUGUUGAGAUUCCAUUGAAUAGAUAUACUGUAAUUUGCUUGAUGAGUGUCUUAGAUAGCAAAUACUUUUUUUUUAUUACAGAAAUAAUAGACAUUCAUUGUAGAGCAUGAAAUAAAAAUUGUUAAGGAAAAGAGAUUUUAAAAAGCCAUUUCGCUAACCAACAUAAGUCCCUGUUACACUUUUGUAGGUAUCUCUAGCUUUUAAAAAAAUGUAUAUUUAUAAUAAUGGUUGUCAUUCAAGUUUUUUCCUUUAGUUUCUUACUUACAAUGUACAGCCUACUAUCAGGGAAAAUACAAUCUGGAAUUAAAUAUUAGCUUUAAAAUUCAUAGUUUUGUUUUCUUGGCUGUUCAGGAAUUGACUACCUGUAGAAGAAAAUGAUGUGUUGUGUUUAAUCAAGAAGAAGAAAGGGCGUGGUUCUUCUCACUAAGGAAGCUCAUUGAAGAAAGUGUGGACAGUAUACGAAAUUAUUAGAAGCAGAAACUACUUUUGUCAACAUUGUCACUUUUUUAGUAUUUUUAAUAAUUUGAGAGCUUACUGAGUUUAGGUCUGUGCUCUGCCUUAUUGAGUAUUACAGUCAUACCUCAAACUGAUGAGUACUGAAAUGCAGUUUUCCCAUAAGAAGUAAUGUAGUCAGAAAUAAUUUAUGGAAGUUCCCCAGGACCUUCAUAUUUUACUGGGCUAAUAUGAACCUUUUAGGCUUAGUGGUAUCAUUCGUAACCUUUUUGGAGCCCGUGAUUAGUACUUAAAAUGCACAGAAGUAUAAGACAGUAAUGACAAGUGUGUGGUGUUUUCUGCACUAUUCGAGAAAUACUGUGAGACUGACACAAGUGCUGAGGCCUGAAACUUUUUUCCCGUUAAAAUGUGACAGUACUGGGUUUGAAGCCCAGGAGUAACAAAGUAUGGCUGUAUGUGAUAAAUACUUUGACAUGUUAUAAAAGUUCUAAAUAAUUUUUUAA